AUGCCUCCAAUCCUCGAACCGUCGAUCUCAAACGUGGGCGCCAGAACAGACGACGUCGCCGGAGGGAGCGCCGCCCACGCCUUCCGCCAAAACUUCCAUUCGACGUCGCAGAUUCUCGUCUCCAUGCUCCUCAUCGUGCCGCUAAUCUACCUCUCCUAUCGACUCUGCAAGUAAAUCUUUUUUGAUCGCAUAUCAAUCCUUUUUAUUGUCAAUAACGUUAUCUGAGAUCUGUUUAGUCGUUCUUGAAAAAAUGAUUGAUUUUUGAUUAGUUAUUUAAAAUCAGCAUUUAAACAGUCCGAAAAAGGUAAAAAUCGAUUUUGGUGCGCGCAAUUUACAUUCACCGCUCUGAAUGAAAUUUUUCAGGCACCUUAUCCAGUGUUUUCAGCUUAAACUAUAUCCUAAUAUUAAUGUUCCCUUUUUGAACUCUUCGAGCAACACACUUCCCUUUUUUCUCUCGACUUUCCAUUGAUCCAAGUUCACAAAGAAUGAGAUUAUAGGACAUUUUUCGCCUUUCUCAAAGCCAUCUUUGUGUACGUUAUCGCCCCGAUUUUCUACAAGCCGAACCUCGAUAAAUACACGCAUCGAUGGACAGGUUAUUCAUCAAAAGUAGCUUUUUUUUUAUCAGAAGUAUUGUUUUGAAGUCGUAACUGGCGGUACUGACGGGAUCGGCAAAGCUUACACGGCGGAACUCGCCAAGCGCGGUUUGCGAAAAUUCGUUCUGAUUGGCCGAAGUGCGACAAAGUUAGCUGAUUGCAAGGCUCAUUUGGGUGAGUAUCUUUUUUUCUUGACUCUCUCAGCAUUGGGAAUUCUAGAAAACACCUAUUCGUGCAAUGUGAAGACGUUCUUGUUCGAUUUCGUUGAUGGCGAUUACAAGGGACUACGCGAUUACAUCUGCGACAUAGACAUCGGAUUUGUCGGUCAGAAGUUUCGCUUUCUCAUUGAACUUCGGAGAGGGGAAACUAGCGUAAAAUUGUUACAGAAAAGAUGAAAUAUAGGAAAGCACUUUACACUGUGAUUGGUACUUUUGAUUACUAGAAGAGGCGUGGCCACGGUCAAAACUUAACUAGGAACCAUUGUUCGGCGUCUUGGAAGCUAUUCUGGAAAGCUUGAAUCUUGCAAGCUGCCUUUCUAAUAAGUAUUUUCAAAAAAAAAGUUUUGCCCUAAACUCAAAAUCUAGAAUUAUAGUGCACAGUGUUGGAGUCGGCCGAGAAAAUUUGGAACGUUACGGGGACAAUUACGAGGCCGACGUUCAGAUACUCAAAGUCAAUGGAUUUGGGGCUGCUCAGGCACGUUUCACUUUUUCAAAUUCGAAAUAAAGAAAGAAAAUUCGUGCUAGUAAUACUGGUUUCAGUUUCUCGCAAUGGUUCUUCCAGCAAUGGAACGCCGAGGUGGAGGCCAAAUCGUAGUUCUUUCUUCCUCGCAAGGAAUUCGUCCCAUUCCGAUGCUCGCCGCUUACAGUGCCACAAAGGUGGGGAAAGUGUUCUAAACGCCGUCUUGAAGUUGAAAAAUCCAUUAUUCUUUUUAAAAAAAUCUGUAAAAGCUCAGUCACAGAGUGUAUGUUUGAAUUUGAAAAAAGUUUAUGUCGAAAAAAAGUGGCUUUUUUCAAAAUGAAAAGCACAAACUCAUCAUUACUAACAGAUAAAGAGAGAAUCGUAGGUCAACGAACGUUUCUGGUAUUUCAGUCACUGAUGUCUUUCCUCUGCGAAACCACCGAUCGCGAGUACAAAACGAUUAGUGUCCAAUGCCUGAUCCCCUGCUUGAUCGCCACCAAGAUGACCUACUACAAGGUAUGUCUUUCUAAUUGUAGUUUUCACAGACCCAAUGACUUCUAAAAGCUUUGAAGAUAAAGACAGGAAGAGCAAAGUUUUGAGCUUUCCAGGAAGGCGGUUUGUUCGUCGUGACGCCAGAAAAGUUCUGUCGCGAGGCUGUCAACAGUAUCGGGCUGACCAAGAAAACAGCCGGCUGUCUUAAUCACGACCUUCAAGUUCUACCAACUGCUCCUUUUCCUUUCUUCAACUCUCUCUUACAGCUUCUCGGCUACGAGUUCUUCCCGUGGAGUGUUCUCAAGUACCUAAUCAUGCCAAUAUAUUAUCAUCAACGAGACCGUGUCACCAAGCUGAAGACGACCGAAAAGAUCAUGUCGUCGCUGGAGACGUCAGACAACGACUCGGAAAUUCCACAGAAAAUCGCUCCUCAACUUAGGUUAUCAGAAAAAGCAUGAUUUCUUUUUUCCUUGAAAUCUUUUGUAUGUACAUUUUGAGAAUCAAAGGUUGCACUCAAUCCUGAAUCUUGUAGACAAACAGCUUUAUAGACACGCUCCUCAACGAAGUAUUCUACACUUUUGCUUCUCCUUCGUACGUGUGGUUCUCAUAUGCUCAUUACUGUAUUCGGAUAAUAAAGUUUAAAACUUGACAUGGAAAAAGCAAUGACCUAAAUGACUCACUACGAUGCAGUAAAUCUUUUUCCCAAGCAUCACAACGAUACCAUAUAUAUCAAUAUCGAUAUCAUCUCCUUUGUAUUGGCCUCUAACAUGUAAAACGAGAACCUCUAUAGUGGCCACUAAGACGAAAAGUAGUGGCCUUUACAAAAGUUGUUUUUGUGGCCACUUUAGUAUUCACUGAGUAGUCCUUGGAGAACUUCUUCAGUGGUCACUAAAAUUUCUUCGUGUCGAUUCGCUUGAAAACCGCUAAGAGACCAGUGGUACUAGAAAAAAAAACUCUAAAAAAGGAGCUUUUCAAUCUCUUUUUUGUAGCAAAAAGCCUGAAAUCGUGGAUUUACCCUGAAUAGUUUGAAAACAACGGAGCCUCAGCUCACAAAAAGUUGCCUCUGUGCUGUCGACAUCACCAAGUUAUUUUUGUACAAAGUGUAAACAUUAAUUCCAAAAAUUUCAACCAACAUCUCAAACAUCGAACCGAACAGUAAACAUCUGACUGACAAUCGGUAGCGUAUCAUUUUGAGUUCUCAAAUACAAAAACAAAAUGUUUUUUCUGAGUUCUUUGGGGGAAAGGUUACCAUGUUGCGUGUUGUUCCAUUCUCGGUGUUUAAGUCGCCCGCGGGGCUAAACAUCUAAAUAAACACCCACAUGUACGUGUGAUAUAAAUACGACUCGUUUUCGCCAUCGUUUUGUGUUUUUCCCCCUUUCACUUCCUAGUUCUCUUUUUUUGAAAUUAUUUCCUGCAAAAAUGAUUUUUCUUUUUUCUAAACUUGAUUCACCGCUGUCUUGUCAAAAACGGUUUUGAUAAAAAUGUGUCCGUGAAUGGCCUUUUGUUCAAGAUCUAUAAAAUGUUCCUGAACAUUCUCCAAUUUCUUAAAAAAUUGUCUUUAGCUGUUUUUGCAUAUAAAUUGUUCGCCAUUGAAGGAUUACAGUAAACUAUGUCAUCAAACACUGAAAAGCCGGAAAGAGACAGCGAAAUGUACGGGUCUCGCAACGAAGGCGACAAGAAGAAAGGGUUGACGGUCGGCGAAAUGGAAGACAAAAUGAAAGGCCAGGAUAAAAACGAAAACGUGAGUUUUUUGAGGCUUUUGGCACAUAAAUAGGAUUGGGUUGGAGAGAGAUGUACAAAAAAAUAAUUUUUUUUUAUAUAGUGGAAACUUAGCACCUUGAAAGUCGAAAGUCGGAGAAACAUCAAUAACUUCCGUUAUUAUUUCAAUCUGAUGAAAUUGACAUAAAAUAAGAGGAAAAGUGACCAGAAAAUGAGCGAUUGAACCAUCUGAAUUUUCUAAUAAAACUUCAGUAGUGAAAAAAGGUUUCCCCGAUAUCCCCGUGAUCAUUUCAGAGUUCUCGAAACGCGAACCAGCACAAUAGCGCCUAUAGUAAAGAGCAAAUGAAAAGGCAACUGGAAAUGUACAGGGAAAUGAUGUACCCGGGUGACGAUGUCGCCAAAGACCGAAUACAGGAGGCCAAAGUCAGAUAUAGUUUUACGUCAAGACUGUCCUAUGUUUUCAACCGGCCUUUGAUUGGUUUCGUUUUUUUCCCUUUCUUUCUAUUUAAAAACCUUUUUGAAAAGUAGAUUCUUCUGGAAAUAGGAAUUUCAGAAGCAAAGAGCGAACGACGAACGCGAAGAUGAAAUGGAAAAAGUGGAAAAGCUUAACCCGAAGACGACCGCCGAUGAAAAGGAGGACAAGACUGUUGGUUCUCGUUCUUUUAAAUGUGAUUCAACAGCCAUACUCGAAUAAGUUUAUGUCUCUCGCACAAACUUACUGGAAGUGGAGGAAGAGAACCAAAUUUAUAUAAAUCAUGUUACCAUCCACUUUGAAGAAUUUUUAUAGUAUAAAAAAAAGUAUAGUUUAGAACAGGAUGAAUACGAGUAUGUGAUCUUUUAGUACGACAGUAAAACUCCCUAAAAAUCUAACGUGCAUCGGGAUAUUAGAACACUGAAUAAAACAACUUUAGCUUUGAAAUAGAAUUAUAUGCUCGAUAAAUAAGAUCAAGAAGCUGACCUUCAGACUGAAAAGAAGCUCAGCGAAGCGGACACACAUGAAGAAGUGAUGAAGAAGGACACUGGAGCCACCAACGCUCAAGGCAGCGCUCCCGAAGAAAUGCACAGCGACGUGAACCAUGAGAACAAGCUGGGCACGGAAAAACUGCCAAGCAAUGCGGACGAGGAAAAUCGUUCCAAAUCUGGAGACGACGAUCGCGCUCGAAAAGGAUCCCGAAGUGGGGCUGAGAAGGUAAUCGUUAGAGCUGAUAUAGUUUGAAUUGAACUUUUAAGGUCGAGAUGCAGAACAAAAACGAACUCGACAAAGAAAAAAUGCGCGAAAGAUUACACGCCGUUGAGAGGAGUGCCAAGGAUGGCAAACUGAGCAAUGAGCCUGAAUGCCGACCAAAGGGUCAAGAAGACAACGAAAAAAUAAUUGACAACGAAAAAUCACAAAACUCGGAGAGCGGAAAAGAUCAUGAUGAUGAACACCAAGACGAAAUGAGAGACAAAAAGCGACACAGUCGCGAAGAAAAGAAAGAGCCAAAGACAGCCGGCGCGGAGGACGAGAAGCUGGACAGUUCUCGCGUGAAGAAGGAGCCGGAGUCUCAUGACCCUUCUAGAGAUCAUGCGUUUGUCGACGGCCAAGAGAUUCCAGGCAUGGGAACCGCCGAUGACAAGGUAUCAACCAAAAAACCUUUCAAUUCAAUUCAAUCAAUUUAUUUCAAUAAUAAUCUGUAUGAUAAUUAUAGAUUACUUAUCUAUAUCCUCUAUCAUCAAUCAUUUAUUUAGGGCUAUAUUAAUGCGACUAGGCGGUCAAAAAGUUUUCCAAGCUAUAACGAAAUCAGCGACCUAAAAGUCCGAAGAUGAUUAAUCAAGUUGCAAGCAUGGACAUGAAUAACAGUUUUUAAUUGAUUCUUCUGGACAGUCGCUUCACCUAUUAAUGAAGAAGUUCUAUAUCAAACUUUAAGAUCCACCUAUUUAAAACAAAAUUUUUGUGAUUUCAGUUACGUAUGGCUGACAGCUGUCUGAGAAACUUCCAAGAUAAACAACAGGUUGGUACUUUUUACAUAAUCACUUAGCUUUUUCUGUAAAACUAAAUAUUUUCAUUUCAGGACAGUGAAAAGUUGAAUCAACAUGGUCCGAGGCAGAUAUCUGGUCACUAA